AUGAUGCAUACUCUACCAAUAAUGAUCAUAUUUUGUAUGGCAGCUACCAUUGUACUGAGUUAAGAAUUUGUCACAUUUCACAAAGGUGUUUGUGGUUGCGAGGAAUUGAAUGAAAAAGAGUGUGAAGCUGAAAGUAAUUGGAUGUAGGGACGAUGCAAUAUUGAAAAAGGAAAGUGCGUAACUCGAAAAUGUGAAAACAUUAACAAUAUUAAUCUUUGUAUACAUCUAGGUUGUUUUGCUAAAAAUAACAAAUGCUAUAAGACAAAAAGUUGCAGUGAGUAAACUGAAGAUGAAUGUAGUUCAUUAUUCAAUCGCGAUUGCGUUUAUGAUUCAAAUUUAAAAAAAUGUUUGAGUUUUACUUAGCCAUCAUCUGAUAAAUCUAUUCCGACUUGCGCUGAAAGAUCUGUAGAUGAAUGUUAUGUUGCUAGAGAAGGACUUUGCAAUGUCAAAGAUGGAAAAUGUUAAGAAUUGACAACUUGUGAAGAUGUUAAACUAGACUUUCUUUGUUAUAAGGCUUAUCCUGCAUGCUUAAUGCAACCAACCAUUUCUUGCGACACAUUUGAUAAAUGUGAUAGUGAACUCAGUUCAAGAUGUGGUCCAAGAAAAUAAAAAAUAAAUGGAGAUUAAUAUUUACUUUGUAGGCAACAAGAGGAUGGAAAAUGUGUGAAUUUUGAUCCAUCUUAAGAAAAUGAAGAAACUUGUUACUAAAAGUCAGAGUUGUUUUAUCAUUGGGAUGGUAAUAGUUGUGUAAAAUGCAAAGGGUGGUAAGUCAGUGCAUAAGAAAUUACAACUUUCAUUUUUAUUGUAUUGAUUUUGAAUCACAUAUGAAAUUUGAAAUUAU